GGACGGGUGCCUUAGGACGACUGAUGUGCCACCUGCCUCUUGCCAUCCUGGGCCCACCCUGCAUUCCUGUGUGACUGGCCAUCUUCCACCAGGACCUGCUUCUGUGCAGUAUGGGUGGACCCUGACAGCUCUGAGGGUGUGCUAGCAUCUGGAUUGGUUUGUAGACCAGAAGAAAGACUUCAGAUCCCAGACCGUGGUGUCAGCAGGAAAGUCCCCACAGGCUCUGCCUUCUGUAACAUCUCCCAAAUGCAAUGCCCACCCUUCUGGGGUGUGGCCACGUUGGGCUGGCCUGUAGCCUGUCCUUGCCAGUCAGUGCUCCUGGUCCCCCUCAGCUCAUGGCCCUGGGCUGGGGCGGCAUCUGAGAACUGGCCCGUGGGCAGUGCAGCAGCCGAGGUGUGAGCUGAGGGCAGGCUGGACGCUGUGGUGUGCGCACCUGUUCUUUCUGAGGCCCCUAGGUCAGCCAUUUGUGACCCAGCUGCUCUGGGUACCCCUGACUGCCAUACUCAAGGGAGGGUGGGACGCAUGCACACACUGCCCUGGGUCAUGGACGUGAGGCUGUGCUCGGGUUUGCUUACACCUGUGGUCUCCCCUGCAGACCCCAGGGAUCUGAGUUCAGUGGACAGAGUGGAGGCAGUUCCUGACAGUGCCUCUGCAGACCUGGGACUUCCCACCCAAGGCCAUGGGAACUGCACAGGCAGUGCCACUGUCACUACCGGCAGGGCAGCUUCAAGCAGGGGAUGCUGCUUCCCAAAUGAACCUGCUGGAGGGUGGGCAGCCAGCAUCCAGGUUUCAGUGCACCUCAGGUCACCUGUGGGCAGGUGCCAGCCCCUUGGCCAGUCAUGCACAGCCAUGGGCAGAAGAGACCAGCCUUGCCAGAGGGGCAGGCAGAGGAGGAAGGCUGCUUCAAAGUGGAAGAGGUGCACAUCAAGACCCCCGGCUCACCCUCAAAAGAAACCAUUUGGCAAAUGCAGGCUUCUGGCUGCUCAUGGGCCACGGGUUUAAAGAUGAGGACCUUCCUUCCUCCAAGACCCCACUGCACUUAGAGGCUUGGGAGGGGGGUGGUCUCUCCUUCCACUUCCUUCCAACUGCUGUCUGGUCCCCUCUUGGCCCCGCCUCCAGGCUGGGAAUUUCCUGCAGGUGGGCCAGGCCACUCUCACCUGUGUGGCUCGUGGGUGGGGGAUUUCCAGCCCCUUCCCUCUGCUCAUCCUGCAGGGGUGGGGAACUCCAUUUGCCGCUUUUAAAAUUAACUCGGGAAUAGAUGAUCCUGUCAUGGCACAAUUUAAUAGGUACAGAAGGGACAGAGAGAGCCCUCCCAGUCCUUACCCGACCCAUUUUCUUCAAGCCAGAGUGGUAUCAGGGGGUGUCCACAUGUAAGAAAAGAAAGUCUGUGCUGGGUGUGGUGGCCAUGCCUGUGAUCCCAGUGACUCUGGAGGCUGAGGCAGUGGGGUUCGAGUUCCUACAUUCAAGGCUAGUCUGGGCAACUUAGGAAGACCCUGUCUCCAAAAUAAGUAAAUAAAUAAAUAAAGGAUUGGGGAUGUAGCUCAGUGGUAGAGCACUUAGCAUGCAUGAGGUUCUUGGUUCAAUCCCUGGUACUGCAAAAAAAUUAAGACAGUCAAGCACAGUGCCCAACCUAUAAUCCCAGCUACUUGGGAGACUGGGGCAGAAAGAUUGCAAGUUCAAGGCCAACCUCGCAAUUUAGUGAGACUGUCUUGAAACUAAAAGGACCGGGGAUGUAGUCAGUGGUAAAGUGCCUCUGGGUUUGAUUCCUCUUUAUCACAAAUAACAUAUGCACGUGUAUGUGUCCCUGUUGUACACAUGUGUACAUGGGUGUGCACCUGUGUGUGCUCUUCCCUUCCCAUGCCCAGGUGGCUGCAUGCACACUCUGCCCUGGGUCGUGGACACGAGGCUGCUCUCAGGAAUGAAUGCCCCAGGAGUUCCUGUCUCUCCGUGUGGCCCUGUCCUGUGAGUGGCCUGUUGCGGGUUUCGGAUCUCGCGACGAAAAGGCUCAGGGGUCACUCCAGUUACACUGGGCCGACUGGGCUGCACAAAAUAACCACACAAGAGACACAAAGACCUUUUUCUUUGGGGUCGCUGUGACGGCUCCUCUGACCUUAAGGGUCCGCAGGAAGAGAGAGAGGGAGAGCACGCGCUGACCCCUUGUAUUGAGGGAAGCUAUUCAAAUGAGGCCAGGGGUCAGGUUUCAGGGGGCUGAGUGUAUCUUCAUGAUGUCCACUGUCAGCAGGUUGACUGACACCUGGGUAGGCCACACUCAAGGAAGGGCACAGUAAGAGGAGGGGACACACACAAGGCCCUUCCAUGGAAGAUUCUAUCCUAAACAGGGCAAGGGGUUAGAUUACAAAGGAACAGGUGAGCCUAGCUCCAUCCAUGGGCUGUAGCAAGACACACCCAGGCACGAGACAGCGACCCUUGCACCCAAGAAGGGUGGGGAAAGCUGUGCCACAUUUCUGCGACUGAGCGCCUCAGCACCCAGCCGGGGAGUGUGACCCAGUCACGUGUGAGGUUGGGCUCCCACAGCCUGUAAUCAGUUCUCUGGAAGACAGGGUUGUCCAGGCCGUCAGCAAGGACGAACGCUCGUCCCGACAGGGAUGCAGGGACACACGCCUGUGCACGCCAACAGGCACGCACCUGCUUACACACUUUCUUCCCGCCCCUCCCCACCCUCCCCCGCAGCCCUUAUAGCCACAUCCUGCCAGGAAACCCCCAGACUCCUGUGAAGGCAGAGAUGAGGAUGUGCGCGGGGGCUUGGGGGCCUGCUGCCCUUCUGCUCCUUGGGCUCCUGCUUGAAGUCAGGGCUGCACUGAACUGUGUCGGAGACACCUAUCCCAAUGGCCAAAGGUGCUGUCAAGAGUGCCAGCCAGGUAGUGGGAUGGUGAGCCGCUGUGAGGGACCCAGGGAUACCGUGUGCCUCCCCUGCGACCCGGACUCCUACAAUGAGGCAGUCAACUACGAGGCCUGCAAGCCCUGUACCCAGUGCAACCAGAGAAGUGGGAGUGAGCUCAAGAAGAAAUGCACACCCACGCAGGACACUGUCUGCCGCUGUAGGCCAGGCACUCAGCCCCUGGAUGGCUUUAAGCCUGGAGUCGACUGUGCCCCCUGCCCUGCUGGCCACUUCUCACCAGGCGACAACAAGGCCUGCAAGCCCUGGACCAACUGCACCUUGACCGGGAAGCGCACCCUAAAACCAGGCAGCAUGAGCUCAGACACCCUCUGCGAGAACAGGACUUCCCCAGGCACACUACCCUGGGAGACCCAGGGCCCCACAGCCAGGCCCACCACUGCCCUGUCCACUGCAGCCCUGCCUGGAACUUCUCUAGGGCCCUCCACGCCGCCAUCAGAGGCCCGCAGGGGCCUCCCGCUGGCUGCUGUCCUGGGCCUGGGCUUGAGCCUCCUGGCUCCCCUGGCUGUCCUGCUGGCCCUGCACCUGCACGGAAGGGCCUGGAGGUCAUCCGCUUCCGGACCCCCAUUCAAGAGGAACAGCCCGACGCACACUCCACCCUGGCCAAGAUUUGAGAGCAUCUUGGGGGUGGGCUUUGUGGGGCAGCGCCCCAGGCACAGGCCACCCACCUGUGCCCUCCACACCGUUCUAGGUGCUGGGCCGGCUCUGGGCUCUCCUACGUAUGUUGUGCAUACUACCUGCCCAACGGCACCCCAAUAAACACACCAGCUACUGUG